UCUUGUUUACAAGAUGGUAGAGGAGGAUAUUUCGCUCUGACUUUUAAACUGAAAGUAUUUAGACUUCACAACGUUAUCUAACUUUGCCGAAUUAAAGGUGUGUGUCUCCAGGUGAAGCAGGUUCACUCUGACUGUGGAGGACUGAAUGUCGCUUUAACCCGAGCCGUCUCUCUGACUGAACAGCUCUUUUCUGCACAGUCACUGACAGGCUGACACACAGGACUGAACCCCUGCUCAAAUCACAGUGGACUGUAAACUGGGCCUACGGGAGGGACCUGAAUCCAGCCGAAUGAACAGAGCGGCUGCAAAGCAUCUAAUCGAGCGCUACUUUCGGCAGUUAACUGAAGGCUGUGGAAAUGGCGCCUGCACGAAUGAGUUUUGUGCGUCGUGUUGUGAUUUUCAACCUUUGGAUAACAAUUCAGCAGCAGCCAAAGCGCUCGAGCUGUUUAAGAUUAAUGCCAAACUCUGCAAUCCUCACCCCUCCAAGAAAGACUCCAGUGCCGACGACGAGGACGGUAAGAUGAGUGAUGGAGACCCCUGUCCCACCAAAGAGGGCUUCUCAGAUGUUCAUUACCUCACAGAGGCCACCAUAUGUAUGCUCCUGAGUUCCUGCGAGGAGGAAGGGGACUACUCCGCUCUGGUCCGGGUCAUCGGCCGGGUUUUCUCAAACACAGAAAUCUUAAUGAAGAGUUUCAGGAAGGAUGAUCCGGACGCUGCUGAAAACUCUUUCAAAACGACGGAUGAGUCGGACAAGAAGGAGAACCAAAGUGAACGACCCUCGGAGAGUCUGGGUGCAGUUGCUUUACCGGAGGAGAGUCCUUGUGGUACAGACGACCCUCUCGAAGUCAGGGUGGACAUCGAAGCCGUGCGGAGAGUCUACGACAAACUUCUAACCAACGAGCAGGUGGAGGCCGCUCUCGUCAACGCCAUCAUAUACCUCACUCCAAACAUGGAACUCGACCUGGAAUACCUUGAUGUGUACGAAACAAACCCAGACUACCUGAACAUCUUCAUUAUAGUGAUGGAGAACAGUAACCUCCACAGCCCGGAGUACCUGGAGGUCGCUUUGCCGCAGUUUUGCAAAGCGAUGAGUAAACUACCUGUGGCGGCGCUCGCCAGAUUGUCUAAACUCUGGUCCACGUACGAGCUCCGGCACAUCCGCCGCAUGAUGGAGACCUUCCAGCAGCUCAUAACGUUCACGGUCGUCAGCAACGAAUACGACGGGGAAAACUUGGUGAACGACGACGAGACGGUGGUGGCGGCCACGCAGUGUUUGAAAGUCGUCUUCUACGCGAGCAUCCAGGGAGGAGAUGUGGACGUGGAGCACAACGAGGACGAGGAGGAAGACUCGGAGUCCGAUGAACUCACCUUGCACGAGCUGCUGGGUGAGGAGCGACUCUAUAAGAAGGGUCCCCGAGUGGAUCCCCUGGAGAGAGAGUUAGGUGUCAGAGCGUUAGAUAGCAUAAAUCCCCUCAUCCCCUUUGAGGAUUUUAUUAACGAGUCUCUAAACGAGGUGGUGGAAAUGGACAAGGACUUCACCUUCUUUAAGAUCAACGCCGAAUCCAAGUUUUCUUUCCAGACCUGCCCCUUCAUCCUCAGCGUCAUCACCAAGAGCCAAGGUCUUUACUACGACAACCGGAUCAGGAUGUACAGCGAGCGACGCCUCACCGCCCUCUACAGCAUGGUCCAGGGUCAACAGCCUAACCCGUAUCUCAAGCUUAAAGUGCGCAGGGAUCACAUCAUCGACGACGCCCUCGUGAGACUGGAGAUGAUCUCCAUGGAGAACCCGUCUGAUCUAAAGAAGCAGCUGUUUGUCGAGUUUGAAGGGGAGCAAGGUGUCGACGAGGGCGGCGUUUCAAAGGAGUUCUUCCAGUUGGUCUUGGAGGAAAUUUUUAAUCCUGACAUCGGAAUGUUCACCUACGACGACGACACAAAACUGUUUUGGUUUAACUCGUCCUCACUGGAGAAUGAAGCUCAGUACACCCUGGUUGGACUCGUUCUUGGGUUGGCCAUUUACAACAACUGCAUCCUGGACGUUCAUUUCCCCAUGGUGGUCUACAGGAAACUCAUGGGCAAGAAAGGGACUUCCUUGGACCUGUCAGACUCACAUCCAGCUCUCCACCAAAGUCUGAAGAAUCUGCUGGAAUAUAGCGGCGACGUAAAGGAAGACAUGAUGCUCACCUUCCAGAUCUCACACACAGACCUUUUCGGGAACCCGGUUUUAUGCGAUUUAAAGGAGGAAGGGGACCAGAUCCCUGUGACCGAGGAGAACAGACAGGAGUUUGUGCACCUGUAUGCUGAUUACAUACUGAACACGAGUGUGGAGAGACAAUUCAAGGCCUUCAAGAAAGGUUUCCUAAUGGUCACAAACGAGUCCCCGCUGAAAUAUUUGUUCAGACCGGAGGAAGUAGAGAUGCUCAUCUGUGGAAGCAGGAAACUCGACUUUGAAGCCCUCGAGAAGACAACAGAAUAUGACGGAGGAUAUAGCAAAGACAGUCAGAUAAUCAAAGAUUUCUGGGAGACGAUCCACUCGUUUGGCGAGGAGCAGAAGCGGUUGUUUCUUCAGUUCACCACGGGCACAGACAGAGCGCCCGUUGGUGGGCUCGGAAAAUUAAAAAUGAUCAUCGCCAAGAACGGCUCUGACACAGACAGGCUGCCAACUUCUCACACCUGCUUCAACGCACUGCUGCUCCCAGAGUACUCCUCCAAGGAAAAACUGAGAGAAAGACUCCUCAAGGCCAUCACUUAUGCCAAAGGAUUUGGGAUGCUGUGACAGAUUGUCGUAGAAAGUUUGAUUAAAACAAAGGGAGAUUACAAAAGAGUAGUGAGGGAAAG